GAUUGUUUAAAACCAAUUGGAAUUUGGGACGAUAAGCUUCGGGCUCCCACACGGAAAGCAACUACGCGCGGAAUAACGUCGUUUGGAGUUCUGGCGUGAAUUUAGUUUACAAUAUCGGGCAGUGCAAUACUCUCCGGUGCAAACCUUGUCUAAUUCCCAAGAAGUAAUCAAAAGAUAACCAUCUGGUGCUACCCUUGGAGUCCCAAAAUAUUUAUACACACCACCAACGGAACGCACGCACGCACAAAAACAACAAUACUAUACUUUCUCGGUGGCGGCAACAUAUGUAAAAGCAGCGAUAAGAAAAACAACCCACAAGUGACACCAAAAAUAUACAUAAAAAACGAGAACCGAGUGUGAAUACCAAUUAAUGUAAAUAUCUGGAGGCAGUCACUCCCACAACAAUUACCGCCGAUGAGGUGAACGAACCAGUGAACCCUUAACUCCAUACUCCCGGGCCCCAUCCAGCAUCAAUUCCUGACAAUUAAAGAGAAUCUAAUUAAAGAGGAGGCAUCUUCUAAGAUGCCGUCGCUCCGCCAGAAGGUCACCACUUACUUCCGCCAGUUGAGCUUCAUAGCAGAGCCUCGCGAGGGUCGCCGCCGGGCCUCUGACCACGAGGAUGAGGAUGGCAGCUUUAUCACAAAAUAUCUAGAGGGGCGGAUGCGUCGCGAGUUCGUGACUGGUCCGGAGAUCUACAAUGGACGGAAUCCAACCGAUCUGCCCGUCCUCAAACUGGACUGCUACGAAGCAGGACCCUGCUCGAUAACAGCAGCCUGCACAGGACCAGAUGAGGGUCUCACCGGCAUUAAGCGAUCCAAGCUCCACCUUAGCACCAGCUUUGCGGAUGAUAUCGACUUCAUAGACACGCAGCAGGAGAAUGACGACAGCUAUGGAGUUCGGAAGAGCUCGAAUCCGGUGCCGGCAAUACAACAGAACCCCACUAGGUUGUCCCACAAAUUUGGUAGACCUCCGACAGGAUCGCGGCGGCAGAGCAGCACUGAGCAACCAACCGGAUCUGCCCCGGUCCCUGGCAUGCGAUCUCGCAAGAACUCAAAGACUAGCAUAGCCAACCUGGCGGGGUCUUCGGCUAUCACAGAUUCUGGGAGCAAAACCGCCAAUCAGAACAACAGAAACGAACUUAACUCCAAGGCUGAGGGCUCUUCUGAAGGUGGCUCUAACUUGGAGCGGGAGCGCCUGCUUCGGGAGGCAGUAAGCAACCUAGAUGGCUCCACUGCAUCCACGGUGGUUGCAGGAGUGGACAAUUGGCGCAAGGAAUGUGACUUUGCCUACGGAAUCUCGGUCUCUCUGUACGAGAACAACAUGCUCACCAAGGAGCCUAUGGGCAACCCCAUAGCAGACUGUUAUGGUAUGGUGGUACGCGGAGAUUCCGCUGCCAUGGCCAUGGCUGAUGGCGUGAACUGGGGUGAUGGAGCUCGUUUGGCAGCCCGCUCGGCCGUCCAUGGGUGUCUGGACUACCUGGACCGGACUGUUUUUGGCCAGGGACUGGAGAGUAGAGCUACCACAACGCAGGAGGUGUUUGUGAAUCUUCUGCGAAGUCUCUGGGAAGGUCACGGCUGCAUUCUCGAGGUGGGCGGCGCCCUCUCUACCCUGACCAUUGCCGUCGUACUGCCGCUGGAAGGAGAACCGGGCAAGUUUGUGGUCUGCGCCUGCAAUGUGGGUGACUCGCUCGGCUACAUCUAUUCCAAGAAACAUGGAGUGCGGGAGCUGACGCAGGCCUCCCACGACAUCAGCUCUAUGCGGGACAUGCGCGACGCCCUGGGGGCGCUGGGACCCGCGGAUGGUAACAAGCCAGAGUUGAGCAACCUCACCUUCUCGAUGAGCUGCAUUGAACGAGGGGACAUUGUGUUUCUCACUUCAGAUGGCAUCAGUGAUAACUUUGACCCGGUGGUGGGCAAGUUUGCGGAAGCCUGGACCCCAGAUGUAAAGCUGCAGACGGCAGGACAAGGAAAGCUGCCAAAUCUGGCUCCAAAGCGACAGAACAAGAGCGCUUCAGCGAUCUAUGCACGCCUGCAUCCCUCGACGCCACCAGUAGGUCGGCCCACGCGGCAGGCCAAGCCGGUCAGUCCACCCAGCAAUACGCCCAGCCGGCCCAAGUACAUGCGAUCUCAGACCCUAAUCGAACCUCGGCAGGGGGUAGUGCCCGCACCACCGCUCACUGCGCUGCCUCAGCGCAUCCCAAGGUCGGUCUCUGGCCUGCCGCUGGUGACUGGACCUCAGCGGCACGCGCUCACCCUGUACCGCCUGGAGGAUCUGCUGAGCUACGGCAUAAACGGCACAUUCUCGCCGUGCGCUUCGGCCCGAAAACUCUGUCACCUGCUCAUCGAUUUCGUGAGAAUGAUCACCUCCGCCAGGCGGAAGACGCUGGAGCAGAGAGAACUCUUCUACAAGCUCUCCACGGGACCUGACGGAGCCAAGCGGGAAGUGCAGCUGAAUCGGAUGCAGCACCGGGCUGCCAGAAAGCGAAUUGUCGAUAGUAGUGCCUUUGUGGCCCUGCCCGGGAAACUGGACCAUGCCACCGUGAUGGCGUAUACAGUGGGCGGUGGGGAGGUGCAGGAUAGUGAUGCCGUAAACAAAAACGGUGUCGGGGAUGAUGUAUCCCCCAUUCUUCAGUCCAAGGAGUUUAAGGAGACUAACUUCUAAGGAGACCACAGAGAAAACGCUAGACUGCAAAUCAAGCUUUUUAUACAAUACAUUUUCACAUGAGUGUGUUCACAAGAUGGAUAUUAAUUAGCACACCUGAUAAUAUAUAUUUCCCGUGUAAAAUCAUACAAAUAUUUUCCUAUGCGCCGAUACUAUAUAUAUUAUAUAUAUAUGUCUUACACAUGUAGUGAUACUUCUACAUAAUUCAUAAAUAUUCAUAGUGCUUUCGUUUAAGUUUGUUGAUUUUGAAUCGGUAUUCCACUUCACCAGUCGAGCCAUAGUUUUAUAGCCAUUUAUUUAUAAAGUUCAACGACAGAAAUGCCUCAACUGUUUUAAACUACCAAAAAAACGUAAACAAAUAAAUAUAUAAACACAAAUGUACAUCAUAUUUUUACACUCGAUUGUAAUAUCUGUACCAACAGCACAGCCGCAAUUUUAAAUUCAGAAAAUUCUCUAAGUGCACAGCUUGAACUUGAGAAUGAGCUGAGCAAACGGGCCUAAUAAAUCAAUUGAACAACACCGCUUUUAUAAACAUAAUAA